CUGGCGGCGCUGUGCGGUCUCCCGGCGGCGCUGUGCGGUCUCUCUGGUGGAGCUUGACAGCCAGUUUUUCGCCCUGCGGACACGGAGAGAUUAUCUGGCGGGAUGUCCGCCAGAUUCAGCUUCGGUCCCGUUCUCCGACGGAUACGGAAAUUCUCCUUCAGGAAGCUCAUUUGUUGCGGAUUUCGUAAAAGACGAAAGAGCGACCCACCUGAUGAAGAUGUGGAAAGUAUAGCCAGCCUGCAAGAGAGCACCAUUCAGGAUGGAGGUGAAGAGGUAGAAGAGGGAGCUAUUUACCAUGUCACCCUGAAAAGAGUGCAGAUUCAGCAGGCUGCCAACAAAGGAGCAAGAUGGCUAGGGGCUGAGGGGGACCAGUUACCCCCGGAACAUACAGUCAGCCAGUAUGAAACAUGCAAGAUCAGGACAAUUAAAGCUGGAACUCUGGAAAAACUUGUGGAGAACCUUCUGACAGCUUUUGGGAAUAAUGAUUUUACCUACAUCAGUAUCUUCCUCUCAACAUUCAGGGCCUUUGCUUCUACUAAGGCAGUACUGGAACUUCUCCUUGACAGAUAUGGAAACCUGGAGGCUUUAACCUGUGAAGAUGGAAGCCAGAAUUCCUCUGAAUCCAAAACGGUCCUCAAGAGUGCAAUAGCAUCAAUCUUACGAGCCUGGCUUGAUCAGUGCCCUGAGGAUUUCAGAGAGGUGCCUGACUUCCCGUGUUUGCUGAAGUUGCUGGAUUAUCUGAAGACAAAUAUGCCCGGCUGUGACGCAGAAAAGAAGGCGCAGAACCUCUUGGAGCAAUUCCAGAACCAAGAAGUGGAAAAUGACAAUGCAUUCAAUAGCACUCUCGCCUGUAACCUGUCUGAUGAAGAGGAACUGGAGAUCAUUCCAGAAGAUUUCUCUUUUUUCCAAGAAGACCAUGUGGCAGAACAGUUGACAUACAUGGAUGCGGAACUUUUCAAGAAAGUUGUGCCUUACCACUGCUUGGGAUCCAUCUGGUCUCAUAGGGAUAAGAAAGAAAAUGAGCACCUGGUACCUACCAUCAGAGCCACCAUCUCUCAAUUCAAUGCAGUCACCAAGUGUGUUAUCAGCACUAUCCUGACGAACAGAGAACUCAAAACACAGCAAAGAGCCAAGAUCAUUGAGAAGUGGAUUAAUAUUGGACAAGAAUGUAGGAUGCUGAAGAAUUUCUCCUCCUUGAGGGCCAUUAUUUCAGCACUGCAGUCCAACUCCAUCUUUCGGCUGAAGAAGAUCUGGGCAUGCGUUCCAAAGGAUGUAAUGAUGAUGUUCGAAGAGCUGUCUGUUAUCUUCUCUGACAAUGACAAUUAUAUGGCAAGUAGGGAGCUACUAAUGAAGGAAGGAACAUCCAAAUUUGCGAAUCUGGACAGCAGUGUGAAAGAAAAUCAGAAAAAGACUCAGAGGCGACUGCAACUUCAAAAAGAUAUGGGAGUAAUGCAAGGCACUGUACCUUAUCUUGGUAUCUUCCUCACUGAUCUCAUCAUGCUUGACACAGCUCUUCAGGACUAUGUUGAGGGUGGCCUGAUAAAUUUUGAGAAGAGAAGAAAGGAAUUCGAAGUAAUUGCCCAAAUUAAGCUCUUGCAGUCUGCGUGUAACAACUACUGCAUAACACCAGACCAAAAAUUCAUCCAGUGGUUCAAGAGACAGCAGCAUUUAACCGAGAAGGAGAGUUACACCCUUGCACGUGAGGUGGAAGCAGCUGCUAACACUAGAUCGCCAAAACCUCGGAAAAGCAUGGUGAAGAGGAUCAGCCUAUUGUUUCUAGGCUCUGAGGGGAUCAACCACAGCACACCCAACAAAAAGCAACCCAAAUCUGCUCCACGUGGGAGCUCUGGUGAAAGCACGGACUCGGGCAGUGUUUCGUCGUGUGAGCUUAAUCAACCGGAAUAUGAAGACGUCUGCAUCAGUCCUAUUGGCACUCCUGAUGGGCUCCGGAAAAAGCUCUCCGAAUCCUCCAAAUCCUCCUGUUCCUCCACCAUUUCCAUGGAUACGUCUCCCUCGGCGGUGCCAUCUGUCAUCAAAACCCGUUCUAUACCGAACGCCGUGUCAGUGCCAUCUGAAGUCUCAACCCCUAUACCGAACGCUGUGUCGGUGCCAUCUGAAGUCUCAACCCCUAUACCGAACGCUGUGUCGGUGCCAUCUGAAGUCUCAACCCCUAUACCGAACGCUGUGUCGGUGCCAUCUGAAGUCUCAACCCCUAUACCGAACGCUGUGUCGGUGCCAUCUGAAGUCUCAACCCCUAUACCGAACGCUGUGUCGGUGCCAUCUGAAGUCUCAACCCCUAUACCGAACGCUGUGUCGGUGCCAUCUGAAGUCUCAACCCCUAUACCGAACGCUGUGUCGGUGCCAUCUGAAGUCUCAACCCCUAUACCGAACGCUGUGUCGGUGCCAUCUGAAGUCUCAACCCCUAUACCGAACGCUGUGUCGGUGCCAUCUGAAGUCUCAACCCCUAUACCGAACGCUGUGUCGGUGCCAUCUGAAGUCUCAACCCCUAUACCGAACGCUGUGUCGGUGCCAUCUGAAGUCUCAACCCCUAUACCGAACGCUGUGUCGGUGCCAUCUGAAGUCUCAACCCCUAUACCGAACGCUGUGUCGGUGCCAUCUGAAGUCUCAACCCCUAUACCGAACGCUGUGUCGGUGCCAUCUGAAGUCUCAACCCCUAUACCGAACGCUGUGUCGGUGCCAUCUGAAGUCUCAACCCCUAUACCGAACGCUGUGUCGGUGCCAUCUGAAGUCUCAACCCCUAUACCGAACGCUGUGUCGGUGCCAUCUGAAGUCUCAACCCCUAUACCGAACGCUGUGUCGGUGCCAUCUGAAGUCUCAACCCCUAUACCGAACGCUGUGUCGGUGCCAUCUGAAGUCUCAACCCCUAUACCGAACGCUGUGUCGGUGCCAUCUGAAGUCUCAACCCCUAUACCGAACGCUGUGUCGGUGCCAUCUGAAGUCUCAACCCCUAUACCGAACGCUGUGUCGGUGCCAUCUGAAGUCUCAACCCCUAUACCGAACGCUGUGUCGGUGCCAUCUGAAGUCUCAACCCCUAUACCGAACGCCGUGUCGGUGCCUUCUGAAGUCUCAAGCCCUAUACUGAACGCCACGUCGGUGCCAUCAUCUGAAGUCUCAACCCCUUCUAUACUGAACGCCAUGUCGGUGCCAUCAUCUGAAGUCUCAACCCCUUCUAUACUGAACUCCUCUUCUUCGGACAUGGACAUGGGCUCUGUCUCCGAGACACCUAAUACCUCAAAAGUGCUGCCUCUUGUUCACAACCAGCAGAGCUUGGAUUUGUGCCUCAUCCGCGUCAGCGUAGACGACGACAACGGCAACAUGUACAAGAGCAUCAUGAUAACUAACCAAGACAGAACUCCUGCUGUCAUCGAGAAAGCUAUGCUGAAGCACAACCUGGACUCUGAAAGAGUGGACGAUUAUGAGCUUGUACAGAUCAUCUCUGAGGACAAAGAGCUGGUGUUUCCCCACAACGCCAACGUGUUCUACGGCAUGAACAGCCGCGUGAACUUCGAUUUCAUCCUGCGGAAAAAAGCUCCAGUCAACAGACGGGCGAAACAGAGGGGCCGUUGCAUUCUGAAACUCCCCGGAACUACCAAACGGGGCCGUCGGAGCAAAAGGCCCAGCAAAAUUGCACUGUAAAGAGAGAGCAGGACGCGGGGAGGAGACCCUUUGCUACCAUCCAGUAUUACAGAAUCACAGCAGAUGAAUGUGUCAGUAUUCCAACUCCUACCAUCCACGAGGCUGAAGUGCAAAGUGAACAUCUGAUAGACCCUACAGCCAGAAAUGUGUCUCCUCCCUCGCAACUACAUACGGACUGACAAACACGGAUUUACGGGACACCGGACUGGAAUUUUUAUCUUUAUUUUCUUUUUUUUUUUUGUUUUGCACAUUUGCCUAAGAAGGUGAGAGCCCCCACUUAGAGGGGAAAACGGGACUGGAACAUUUGUCUUAAUAACACCAUACAAACCAACUCUUUUGUGAGAAAACAUUUUCCUUUGUGCCAGUAUUACACAGAAGAAGAGAAAUCUGAAUUUAUUUUUAUAAAACUGGAGAAGAAAAAGUCUCAAUACCAUUUUGCCUGAACCAAGGAGGAGGUCCCAGCCAGCCUCCAGCUGACUGACGGGAACACUGGUUUGCAGAAGGUGUGGGUGAGCUGAGCACCACGAGCAGCUGCUGCCUCCAGAAGACAUCUGCAUUCACAAAAAAGCAGGGUGGGUACGUCCCCAAAACGCUCAUUGCUGGAGACAGCAGAAACUGCAAGUGUGUGUACUGCUCCCACACGGCCGGCAAACUUUUAUUUGCACUUGUUCCACGCCAGAAAUUUACCUAUUUUUGGACUUUUUUUCCAAAGAACUUUACGAGAAUGGACUGCACUUGCUUUUGGAUGAAUGUCAUGUUUAUUUCAUGAACAAACACUACUUGUCUGGACUUAGGUCUUGUCUUAACGCCACUCCAGGGUGGUUUUCCUUUUACUUCGCUAACCCAGUGAACAGAAAUCGCUGCCUUUUGCGUGUACUCUGAAAUGACUGAUGACUCUGAAAUGACCUCUUUGUAAUGUGCAAUUACUCUUCAAGAGCAAAACUUUUAACUUGUGUUUUCAUUCAUGAGGGGCAACUACAGGACCCUUUAUUUUAAAAGUGGGUAUUAAGAGCAGAAGCCAGGUUUUAAACAUUGCCCCAACCAACCAGAGAUUUUAUAUACUUGUAGCAUUAUUAUGCAUAAUCUACAAGCACCUCCCUUGUUCUUUAUAUACAUCUAUUGAAUGAAUUUCCUGACAUGGUACAUCAGCUGGACUAAAGAAUUUAACCGUUUGUUCUCUGUGAAACUUUGAAGAACAGACUCCUUGAGUCUCUUCCCAGAAGACAGGCUUCCUUGAAAGGAUGGAGGUUUUAUUUUAAAAAGCCAUAAACGAGACAUUGGAUUGUACUAAAAAGGCUGUCUCUGAGACAGAUACGUCAGUAUUAAACUCAAAUACUGAACUUCCCACAUCUGGACCUUUCUUCCCCCCCGGUUCUGUAGCACUAAUUUCCAAAACCGGGCUCAUGAUCAGUUGAUAAACUGAUAAUGCAAACAAUGUUGGGUUGUACUGUGUUCUACACUACACGAUGAUUUACCACCUCUGUUUACAAGAAGCACCAUUGCAGGUCUGAUGAGUUUAAGAACUCCAACUGUAUGUUUGUUGGGAGGGUAAAGACAGCGAGUUUCUAACUGAGCCUUAACCUUUGCCCAGCGUUAGGGCAAGAUCGCAAGAGAAAUUCAGCUUCCUUUGUCUUUCAGUGUCAGCACACGUCAAUGUCUGUACGGUAUCCUUUGCUCAAGUACAGUUUUGGUCACUCAGAGGUUGUGUCUGUAUGAAGCUGAAAGUUGAAUGUUCUUGAUUUUAAAAUUACACCCUCCAAAAUGUUAUCUAUGAAAAAGCUGGUAUUAAUUGCUUACCUGUUGUCUUUAUACAACAAAUAAACUUUUUUUCCACUAAUAUUUGCCUGGAGUUAAUCAA